UGUGCAGACACAGUCAUCAUGGCCUCUCGUGUAUGGAUGUAUCUGGGGGUUGCCUGUAUGUUGGCUAUAAUGGUGAGUGCCAUGCCUCAACGCCCUGAUGGCCCUCCUUCAGGACCCCCACCUAGUGGUUGCCCUCAAGGACCUCCGCCUUCAGGUCCACCACCAUCCGGCUCUCGCCCACCAGGACCUCCCCCAGGCUGUGCAAACUCCACUACUUCUAGUUCCACUAAAUCGUCCUCCUCCGGCUAAGUACAGUUUCAGCAACAUUCAUCGUUUGGAAAUAUAAGUAGAAUGAUAAUAAAGUGAUAUUUUAUCAAAAUCGUC